UACGCGAGCAAAAUCUUGUUGGUGUUUCGUGGCUCUUGGCCCCUUGUUCUUUUCCCAUCUUUUCAGUUUUUAGAGGCGUCGCUCCUGCCUCCAAAAUCCUUACCCCUUGUUGCCCCUUGUUGCCGUGCUGGCUGCAGUUUCUUCCGACAGCACCAUUGCCUUUGCAUCUAGACGGUGUUACUGUGUCAACAUCUUCUAAACUAGGGACGAGUGUUUCAAAGGAAUAAUCCUGAAAUUUCAAUCAAGAUUUUGAUAUGGACGAUUUUGAUAUAUUUUCAGAUAAGUCUCUAGUAACCCAAGCUCGUGCUGGUGCUAAGUUUCAACCCAGAGCCAAACUAAAGUCUAGAAAGGAAAAUGUUGCAUCAAUUCCUUGUAAUAAAAAGGAAGAGGUCGUUACACAAUCCUUGUCUAGUUUGGAAAAUAGAUUGACAAGUCCAAGAGGUUUGUCUGUAGAUACAUCAACAACAUCUGGAACUGAAGAAUCCUUGAAAACCAAUUAUGAGGAUUUAUCCCAAAUUGCUGUUAACAAAGCAGAUGAUGUUGGUUUCAUUGAUGCACCUAGAUCUGAUAUUCCGGUGACUGUCAAUGAUCAUGAUAGCCAUUCUGUUCCUAAUAUAUGGGCAAAAGAUGUAGAUUUUGAUUUGAAUCCCUUUGAUGAUGUUGCAAACCAAGUCACAAAUAAUGCAGGUCGAGCUGGUGGCAAGUUUGAACCCAAGACUAGACCUAAAGCUUGUAUUGUAGACCCUGAUGGCGUUGUAGAUGACUGUGGGAGCUCAGAAGUAAUGACCUCUUCUCAAGUUGCUGUCACAGAUUCUUUGCUUUCAGAGGUUGCCGUUUCCAAUGGUUGUCAUGAUUCACAUUCUAGUUUUGGAAGAUCAGUUGGGGAGAAUGCAGAUAUAUUUUCUGGGUUGGAAUGUCUCGACCAAUUUCUUACUCAAUCUUCUAAUAAUAAUGGAGGUAUUCAGAUUGAUGAUGAAGGAACAGGAGCACAGGAAGCAGGGGCUUUCCCUGAUGUGGAGACUCAAGAUAUCAUGUCUGGUGCAACCAUUGCUUCUGGACGGCAUGCUGGAAAAUUUAAACCCAAGACCAGGUUACAAACUAGUGUGGUCCCAUCUCAACCUGCUGUGGUUGAUAUUGUUAUGCAUCCUCCAAACUCUCUGUUUGUUCCUUCUGAAACUAUGAGCGUGGAGAACUUAAUUCCUGAUCGCUCACCCAUGGAUUUAGGUGCUUUUAUUCCUCCAGAUCCUUCUACCUCUGAGUUCCCAGCGAAUGAGGAAUUGACAAACCUCACAGAAGCUUCUAACCCAGGUGUUACACUCUCUGGAGAUUUUCCUAGCAUGCCUGGAAAACUGAGCUCUAAUAGCAGGAAAAGGGAGGCCUCUCUGAUACCAAAUCCUUCUCAAAAGUCCAAACAAUCUUCUGCUAGUGAUGGGGGGAAUGAAAAUGGUAAAGCAACAAAGCGGUUGAGAAAGCAGGUAACUAGUCCUAAGCUUGUUGAUGAUCAUGAGGAUGAGACUUGUAAUGAUGAGGGCCUAGCCACUGAACCUCCCACUAGUUCUGCUAUAGAUGAGGAUAGAGAUGAUGGUGAUGACGAUGAUGAAUAUAAUGCGGAGAGUGCAUUUUCAAAGAGGAGAACUUCUAGGAGGUCAAAGAAACCGAUGGCUGAAAAUGAAAAACCUCCUCGAAAGCGUAAGACAGCUAAAGAAAAACAAGUUGAAAAGCAAAAGAAAGUGAAUGAAGCAUCAGAUCAGCCAACAGAAGAACAGCCCCGGAAGUUUUCUCAUUCAACUCGUAGAAAGAGAAGAUUUGUGGAUGAGUCUUUGCUUCACACCCCAGAGGAUGAAAUUGACUUUGCAAAGGUGGCCUUGAAGGAUAUUAUUCUGCUUGCAGAUUAUAAGGAGCGAAUAGCAAAGAAAGAGGCAAAAGCAUCAAAAAUACCGUUGACCAAUCAAAGUACCAAAAACACUUUUCCUGAGGAAAAUGCUCAUAAUGAAGAAAGCUCUAUUGCUUCAGAACAAGACCAAGGGUUUACAGAUGAUCAAAUGAGUGGUGGGGCUCAAUCGAGUUCCUUCUUCUUAAAUUACCAGUCUUACAUGGACAAAGAACCCAGAGCAAAAUGGACAAAACAAGAUACAGAAUUGUUUUAUGGGGCCAUUCGGCAGUUUGGGCCUGAUUUUUCAUUGAUACAACAACUUUUUCCUGGAAGAAGUCGUCAUCAGAUUAAGUUGAAAUUCAAGAAUGAAGAGCGUCGAUAUCCAUUGAGGCUUUCUGAGGCUUUAGCAAGUCGUACCAAAGAUCAUUCCUAUUUUGAGAAGGUGAUUGAACAGUUGCAGCAAGUUGCUGGACAGGCAGAGCGGGAGUCUAAUGGAGAUGUUUCAAUGGAUUUGACACGUGAAGAGGCAGAGUUGACUCCUGAAGCUAAUGGGGAAGCAACAAAAGCUGAGCAGGAUGAGGAUGAAGCAGUUGGAGAUCAACAAGCAGAUGUUGCUGAAGACCGUAGUACUUUUAAGUCUGAUGAAACUGAUGAUGAUGAUCACGAUGACAUAUUGAGUUCAUAUAGAAGUGCAUUUUAGUAAUCAAAGACCAGAAAAGGAUAUUUUCAGGCAAUGUUUGUAUGUGGGUUUUGCAGAGGAAUGGGGAUUUGUAAAUACAGAAAGCCUCUAGCUCCCACUCUUACUCACUGCCAACAAUCUGAUUCAUUAUUUUCCAUCUCAAACUCGUAUCUCUUUCUGCACUCGUACUAUGAUUAAUAACUUGUUUACCGAGAGAAACAGCUAUACACACAGCAUAGAUUACUGUUUCUCUCCACAAGUACUUAAUCAUUGUCUCCUUUCUUUGCUUCA